AUGAUAUAAAUAAGUACAAAUUAAGAAGGGGAAUUCGUUUUUGAUUCAAAAGAAUAAGAUUAUGUUUUAUUAGAUCUAAAUACCUUAUAAGAUUAAUUAGAACAAGGAAGAAAAAAUGAAAUUUUCGAUUUGUUAUAAUAAGUUAUGAAAUCUAAUGAAUAUUAAUCAUAGAAUGAAAAGGUGAAAAGUUAAAUUGAAUGGGCUUUAUAGACUGUAAAUGAGCAUCUUACAGAAUAGUAUUAAAUUCUAAACAAGAUAUUAGUUAUGAUCUAGAGUAAUAAAUAGAAAAUUAGAGAUAUCCUGAAGUACAUUCUGCUAAUAAAAUGAUUGAUAUGAAUAUUGAAAAAGUUAAGGCAAGAGUUUAAUUUAUGUCAUAAUAAGAGAAAAAAAAUUUAAUGAAAGUAUAUUUAUUAAAAGUAUUGAGACAAAAAGCUUAGAAAGAAGCAUGCAAUAAAUAUAUACUUGCAAAUAUAAUAAGUUUUAUAAAGAAUAAUUGUAAUAAAAAUACUAGUUGAUGUAAAAGGAGAUUAUUGAUAGAAGGAGGAAUGAAAUAUAGUAGUAAAGAUAAAAACAUUUCUAAAUUAUGUAAAGAACUAAAGGGAAAUUAGGAUAAAUGUAAAUUUAUAUAAUAUUAAGAUUAUAAAUAAAGGUUGAAGAGAAUAAGUAAUUAAAAGAUUCAAUUCAAUUAGGAUUAUAUUAAACAAUGUCUGAAUUGAGAUCAGAUAAUGUUAAAGCUUAUAGAAGAGUUAAGGUUAUGGAAUAAGAAUAAUAAGAAAAAUUACAAUUAUUUUGGUAAAACAAAUAAGUAAUUGCUAAAACAAAUUACAAAAGAAAAGUAGAAGAUGCUUAUUUAUAAAAUAUGCAAUCUUAAGAUAGACUUAUGAAUUUAGAAUAAUAAGAAAAUGAAUUAAUGCAUAGAUUAUAAUAGACAUAAUAAUAAUAUUAGAUGAGUUCAAUCAAAUUAGAGAAAAUGAAAUCAAAAUCAUAUAAGGAUUUAAGGAUUAUGUGGAGUUGA